UAGGGUUCCGAGCCGAGCGGAGCGGUGCUGAGCCGGGCAGAGCUUCAAGGUUCCGAGCCGAGCGGUGCUGAGCCGAGCCGGGGAGAGCUUCGGGGUUCCGAGCCGAGCGGAGCGGUGCUGAGCCGGGUGGUGCUGCAGGGUUCCGAGCCGAGAGGAGCUGAGCUGAGCCGGGCAGAGCUUCAAGGUUCCGAGCCGAGCGGUGCUGAGCCGAGCCGGGGAGAGCUUCGGGGUUCCGAGCCGAGAGGAGCGGUGCUGAGCCGGGCUGAGCUUCAAGGUUCCGAGCGGAGCGGUGCGGAGCGGUGCGGAGCCGGGCAGAGCUGAAGGGUUCCGAGCCGAGCGGAGCGGUGCUGAGCCGGGCAGAGCUUCAAGGUUCCGAGCGGAGCGGUGCGGAGCGGUGCUGAGCCGGGCAGAGCUGAAGGGUUCCGAGCCGAGCGGAGCGGUGCUGAGCCGGGCAGAGCUUCAAGGUUCCAAGCGGAGCGGUGCGGAGCGGUGCUGAGCCGGGCAGAGCUGAAGGGUUCCGAGCCGAGCGGAGCUGAGCCGAGCCGGGAGGUGCUGCAGGGUUCCGAGCCGAGAGGAGCGGUGCGGAGCGGUGCUGAGCCGGGCAGGGUUGAAAGGUUCCGAGCGGAGCGGAGCUGAGCCGAGCCGGGCAGGAACAAAGAGCUCAGCCCUAGCCGGGCGCGCAGCCUCUGCUCUCUGCUGGGAGGCCAAGCUGAGAGCCAGCUGGGAUGAAGGUCCUCCUCCUGCUCCUUCUCUCCCCUCUCCAAGGGGUGGAAGGCAGCAGCCAGCUCCAGGAGGACUUUCGGUUCUGCGGCGACAGGAACCAGACCCAGGAGAGCUUCAUCCUCUACCAGCAUGGUCCUGCCACCAUCUCCAUCCAGAACACUGCCCAGGCCCUCAUCAUCAAGAGGCCCUUUCUGCCCAGCAGGAGGAACUCUUACUACCAGUACCUGCUGCCCCCUGCCCUGGGCAGGUAUCGCUUCUGCCUCUACUGGUUCAAAGCCAACAGGACCCUGAGGCUGGCAUAUGGCAAGCAGAGCUUCCUCCUGGGUGGGGACCUCUCCAGCAGCAUCCCCCUGAGCAAGGAGAGGCAGAGGACUGAAAAGAGCAGCACCUUCCUCUUCAAUGUCUCCUACAUCACCAAGGGUGGGAAGAACACCUCCCUGGACAGUGCACCUGAAUACUUCUUCCCUGCCUCUGCAGAGAACAUGCCUGUGUGGGAGCAGGAGGUGGAGGAGCAGAUGACCACCUUAGACCACCUCAUUGCCCAGCCCCCGGUGCCAGCCGCGGGUGCCACGGAGCAGCAGCUGCUGCGGCGCAAACUCUUGGAGCUGGAGCAGACCUUGGCCAAGGUAGAGCUGGAAGGGCAGAACCAGACCUUCGGCACGGCCACUGUGCGCGCCACCGUCCUCAGGCUUCAGCCUGCUCCUGAUCCUCAGCCCUUGGCCUUUGCUUCCCAAAGAGAGGAAGGUGCAGAGGUCCACGGGUUCGCGGUGGAGCUGCCGAGCAGCCUGUUCGCGGCGGCGGAGGAGAGGGAGGAGGUGGUGGAGCACAGGGUGCUCCUCCUGGACAUCAACAGCCAGAGCAUGUUCCAGGAUGAGAACAGCAGCCAGGUCCUGGGUGACAGGGUGGUGGGCAUCUCCCUGGUGGACAAAGUGGUGGCAAACCUCUCUGAGCCAAUGGUCCUCACCUUCUUCCAUGAGCAGCUGCUGGGCAACGUGACCCCUCUGUGUGUCUUCUGGCAGGAGGGCACCACGGCAGGUGCUGUGCCUUCCUCUCCCUCAGCCAGCUCUGGCAGCUGGGCCAGCUCUGGCUGUGCCACCACGGCGGGCAGCAGGCAGACAGAGUGCAGCUGCAACCACCUCACCUACUUCGCCGUGCUGAUGGUGUCCUCCCCGGAGAUCACUUACACCCACAGGGAUUCCCUGAGCAUCAUCAGCUACGUUGGCUGCUUGAUCUCAGCCUUGGCAUCCAUCUGCACCAUCCUCUUCCUCUACUUCAGGAGCAAGCAGCGAGACCAGAUCACCAGCAUGCACAUCCACAUGAACCUGCUGGGGGCCAUCUUCCUCCUGGACCUCACCUUCCUCAUCUCUGAGCACCUGGCCACCAGCAGCCAGGCCAUCUGCAGAGCCGGGGGGGCCUUCCUCCACUUCUCCCUCCUCAGCUGCCUCACCUGGAUGGCCAUCGAGGGCUACAACCUCUACCGCCUGGUGAUCGAAGUCUUCAACGCCUACCAGGACCACUUCCUCCUCAAGCUCUGCCUGCUGGGCUGGGGGCUGCCCUUUGCCUGCGUGGCGCUGAUCUUCCUGACCAGCUGGACCAACUACGGCUCCUUCUCCAUCCCCAUCCACGGAUCCCUGCCUGCCAAGUCCUCCUCUGCCACCAUCUGCUGGCUCACAAACCCUCUGCUCCACAAGGUGGUGAACUUGGGCUUCUUCAGCCUCGUCUUCCUCUUCAACUCGGUGAUGCUGGGGGCCAUGGUGAGGGAGAUCGCCCGGCAGAACAAGAGGGGGCACAAACUGAAGCACCUCCUGGCCCUCUGCGGGCUCAGCGUCCUGCUGGGCAUCCCCUGGGCACUCAUCUUCUUCUCCUUCACCUCCGGAGCCUUCCGCCUCGCCUCCCUUUACGUCUUCACCAUCAUCAACUCCCUCCAAGGCUUCCUCAUCUUCCUCUGGUACUGGACCAUGGUGCUGCAGGCGAGGAAGGCUCCGGACCCGCAGAGCAGCUCCGACAGCGUCAAACUGCAGCCCAACAGCAGCCACCUGGGCUGAGCUUGCCGGGGGCCACCCCCUGCCGUGCCCCCCGGGGGCUGCCCACGCAGGGGGUGGUCACGGGGGGGAGGGGAAGGUGAUGGCCACCCCCUGCCAUGCCCCCCGGGGGGGCUGCCCACGCAGAAAGGUGGUCACGGGGGGGAGGGGAAGGUGAUGGCCACCCCCUGCCAUGCCCCCCGGGGGCUGCCCACGCAGAAAGGUGGUCACGGGGGGGAGGGGAAGGUGAUGGCCACCCC